AUGACGAGCACCUCAACAUCUGGCAUCUUGUCUAUGGUCAGCUCAUCAAGCGCAUUCCCUAUACGUCGCCUCCAGCCAUGCAUGGACAAUCUAUUGGACAAUGAUCUUGUAGAUAACGUCUUGUGGGAAGAAAGUGAUCUUCCUGCAACUACUCCUUCUCUCAAUGAUAACCUUAUCCCGAAAUCGAGCAUCCGCUUGUCAGCUAUCGGGGGGAUCACGUACACUACCGGAGUGCCAAUAUUGGUCGGUCCGAAGUGGCAACUUGAUAAAAAUGCGAUCAGGCAUAUACCAAAACAAAGGCAGAACCAAACACAGGUAUUGGAUGACACCGAUUCUGAUACAGAGGGUUUUGGGACAGGAAAUGAAGAUUCCUCUGCGUCAGCCGCGCUUGACACUAGUGAUCAGAGCUGGAGCACCAAAGAAUUUGAUCCCAACAAAUCAAACAGAAACCCGACCCCAAAGCGAACACCAGAGCAAAAAUGGGCCCGUCUUUUCAAUGUCGUCUAUAUCGCCAUGCGCAUGUCAUAUAAGGAGACAUACCCUCAUCGCUCGCCUAUGUACCCUUUCGAGCCUGCAGACAUCAAACGCCCGCAUCGGCAAUGGUCACCGGAGUUUUGCAAUGUUCCUAUUCCGGACGUGACCAACAACCAGAAGCCCGAUAUAGUCCUCAUCGAUCGUGAUGUUCAACCAAAAAGUUGGGCACACGUCCUAACAUGCGUCGAGAUCACCGAAUCCGACCUCGGCGCAAACCAUAACAUACCGUUGUUCAAGGGGGUGGUCACCAAAGGCUACCUCAUGAUGCGAGAACAGCCCUGGCGCCGCUUCGUCAUCCUUUUCAGCCUUGCAGCAAAUAAUCUUCGCGCUCACUAUAUAGACCAUUCAGGUCUUAUCGUCACACGUCCCAUCACCAUCAACGGAAACCCGACGCGUCUUGUCGACAUGCUCAACACCAUGUCGUUAGCCAACAGCAAAGCCUAUGGCAUGGAUCCCACCAUGCACAUGUGCAAUGAGUCCUGCCAGCAAUCACAUUGCCACGUGGGGGACAAUGGGAUCGGUUGGAUAGAGGACGAGAAAAAGCAGAAGUUAUGGAUUAUCGCCGUUUUGUGGAGAAGUCAGGGUCUUUUCUCUCGCGGAACGAUUUGUUACCGCGUUCGGGACAGGGACGGAGUCGAAUAUGCAUUGAAGGAUUGUUGGGUGGAUGAAGCAAAAAAGGAUCACGAAGAAAAGGUCCUUGAGCUGGUUCGGGGCAUCCCUAAUGUAGUUACUCUCGUUGCGGCUUGGGAUGUUGAGUACAAUGGAGAGCCUGACUCCACGCUGCGCAUCCGUCAUUGCCACGGGAAAUUCAGUCCUGGAUUCCGCUGUAAAUAUCACCGGCACAUGCUUUUGACCCCUUGUGGAGAACCGUUGUCGACAUACUCGACUAAACGAGAGCUAAUAAGCGCUUUUCGCGACUUCGUAGUCGCGCACAAGGAAAUGGUCAGAAAGAAUGUCCUACAUGGAGACCUUAGCCCAAACAACUUUAUCAUUUAUGAAGGACAAGGGUACUUCAUUGAUUUUGACCACGUGCAGAUCAUCACGCAAGGCAACACCAGUGUUUGUUCACGCGGUACAGGCACCAUGCCAUACAUGUCUAUCUGCCUUCUGCGCCAUCUGCAUUUGGUGUCUAAACAGCGAGAGAAGGGUCUCGAAAUGACGAUGACGGAACAGACUGCCGCCGAUGAUCUCGAGUCUCUCUUCUACAUUUUUGUCGAAUUCAUGACCACGUACGAUGGGCCGCGAGUGACAAUAAUAUACCCGAAGACAGAACAGUGGUCUGAUCAAUUGGAGGACGUAGGCUCCAGGGCUGUUUUGUACAAGUCGGGGCUAUUGCUCGUCGUAAAGCAUGACAAGGAGUUGAUGAAUCGUACGACGCCUUACUUUGCCGAACUCAAGCCUCUCGUUCAGGAAUGGCGCCUCAUAUUUCUUCGUGCAGUUGAUGAAACUUCUGAGAGCACCGUUACUCACGGUGACAUUGAGGGGGUCAUUGUGAAAUGGAUCUCUCACCUGGUUGCCGAUGAGCCUCCUCCGGUUCCUCAAUCCUCAUCACUGAGUCCAGCUCACAUCUCAGGUCAUCCAGUUCCUCGUCGCUCAACCCGCAAGACUUUCCAGGUAAAGAGACCGUGA